CGCGAUGAUGUCGGGUGGAGUUAUUAGUAUACAGCAAUCUAUCUCUCACUGAACAAUGAGGAGCUGUUCUGCUGCAGGACGGAGCUAUCUCCGGCCUGAGAUGUUUCCCCGCCUGGUGUCUGAUGUUGUCCGGCCCUUGCAGCGCCAUUUGUCUACCAGCUGUCAGAGGGACAGCUCAACCGUGCCCGAGUCGAACAUGAGGCCACUGCCUAGUCAGGCCCACGUUGUGAUUUGUGGCGGAGGGAUUGUGGGGUCAUCGGUGGCAUAUCACCUCUCCAAGCUCGGGUGGAACGAUGUUGUGUUGCUGGAGCAAGGACGUUUCAAAAUAACAAAAAAGGAAAAGGGCCUGAAGCAAAAGUUUGGGCACCCUGCAUGGUUAGCUGGAGGAACUACCCGCCUUUGUGGUGGCAUUGUAAGCACAGUCAAACAUAUCGGUAUAGAAACCCAGAUGGCAGACUAUUCAAACAAACUUUAUCAGCAUUUGGCACAAGAAACUGGCAUCCAAACAGGUUAUAUGCAAACUGGGUCGAUCUCACUGGCUCAUACACAGGAUCGACUUAUCUCCCUGCGCCGUCUUGUUUCCCGAUUACAGGUAAUGGGAAUCUCCUGUGACAUCAUCAGUCCAAAGCAGGUAGCACAACUGCACCCUCUAGUGAACAUCCAUGACCUGGUUGGAGCAAUGCAUGUCCCAGGGGAUGCUGUCAUCUCACCCCCAGAAGUUGCUCAGGCACUGGCGAGAGUUGCUGCAAACAAUGGUGUCAAAAUAUAUGAAGGCACCAGCGUCAAUCAUGUGAUAGUCAAGGAUGAUCACGUGACUGGAGUGGAAACUGACAGAGGGCACUUAGAGUGUGAAUACUUUGUGAAUUGUGCAGGGCAGUGGGCCUAUGAGCUUGGUUUAGCAAGUGAGGAGCCAGUAACUGUCCCGCUGCAUCCAUGUGAGCACUUUUACCUGGUGACACGACCCCUCAAGCAGGCACUGCCCCUUGACUCGCCAGUGAUCGUAGACCUUGAUGGUAGGAUCUAUAUCCGCAGCUGGCAGGGCGGUGUGCUGUCGGGGGGCUUUGAAAAAAACCCCAAACCUAUUUUUACAGAGGGCAGGAACCAGCUGGAAUUCCAGAGCAUGCUUGAGGAUUGGGAUCACUACGAGCCACUGCUGAGUGCAUUGCUACGGCGGAUGCCCUCCUUGGACGCCACCGAGAUUCUGCAGCUGGUGAACUGUCCAGAGUCCUUCACUGCCGACAUGAGGUGCAUCAUGGGAGAGUCGGCAGCUGUGCGGAACUACUUUGUGUUGGCAGGAAUGAACUCCAGUGGCUCAUCCUUCGCUGGCGGAGCAGGGAAAUACUUGGCUGAAUGGAUGGUCCACGGAUACCCUCCAAAUGUUUGGCCGUUAGACAUCAAACGCUUUGGAGUGCUCCAGAGCAGCCGUACAUUCCUUCGACAUCGUGUCAUGGAGGUGAUGCCUCUAAUGUACGAACUGAAGGUUCCCCGCUGGGAUUUCCAAACUGGCCGACAGCUCAGGACUUCUCCCUUGUACGAUCGUUUGGAUGCACAGGGUGCUCGCUGGAUGGAAAAGCAUGGCUUUGAGAGAGCCAAACAUUUUGUUCCUCCUGGGAAAGAUUUGCUGGAAUUGGACCAGAGGAAGACCUUCUACAAACCUGAUUGGUUUGACAUUGUUGGAGCAGAGGUUACAUGCUGCAAGGAGGCUGUUUGUGUAAUUGACAUGUCAUCUUUCACCAAGUUUGAACUUAGUUCCUCAGGUGACCAGGCGCUCGAGAUUUUGCAGCACCUCUGCUCCAAUGACUUAGAUGUUCCCGUGGGACCACAUUGUACACACAGGAAUGCUGAACGAUCGGGGUGGGCUACCAGAAAUGACUGCAGUGUUGUGCGGCUCAGCAAACGCAGUUUCUUCAUCAUUUCCCCCACAGACCAGCAGGUACAUUGUUGGUCUUGGCUCAAACAGCAUCCCAGAGACAAUCAGCUGCACCUUGAGGAUGUAACCUGGAAGUACACAGCACUGAACUUGAUUGGUCCCCGUGCAAUGGAUGUCCUUUCUGAGUUGUCUUAUGUCCCAAUGACUCCAGAUCACUUCCCCUCGCUGUUCUGCAAGGAGAUGAGUGUUGGUUACGCCAAUGGUAUUCGGGUGAUGAGUAUGACGCACACAGGAGAACCUGGUUUCAUGCUGUAUAUUCCCAUCGAGUACGCACUUCACGUCUAUAACGAAAUCAUGAAUGUGGGGCAGAAGUAUGGAAUCCGGAAUGCUGGCUACUAUGCACUGCGCAGCCUCAGGAUCGAAAAGUUCUUUGCAUUUUGGGGUCAGGACCUGGAUGCUUUAUCAACACCAUUGGAGUGUGGUCGUGAAUUCAGAGUCAAAUUUGACAAGGGGAUUGACUUUAUUGGCCGAGCAUUGCUACAGCAAAGACAGAAAGGAGUUUGCCGACGCUUUACCAUGUUUAUCUUGGAUGAUCAUGACAUGGACCUUGACCUCUGGCCCUGGUGGGGAGAGCCCAUAUACCGGAAUGGCCGCUAUGUUGGCAUGACGACCAGCAGUGCCUAUAGUUACACACUGGCCCGUCAUGUUUGCUUGGGCUUUGUUCACCAGUAUGAAGAAAACUCUGGGGCCAAACUGGUGGUGACAGAGUAUGUCAAUGCUGGGGAUUAUGAGAUCGAGAUUGCCAGACAACGCUUCUGUGCCAAGGCCAAACUUUAUCCAUUCAGCUCCCUGUUUACCCAGAAGCGGAGGAAGGAUGAAAUGGAACUGAGCAGCUUUCAGGGAAAUGAGACACAGCAGCGCCUUCCAGCAUUAAGGUAGGAUGGGUCGAUCACACACACCCCAGGAAGGAGGCUGAAGGCCAUUGUUACAGGCUUCUGGCGUGCAAAGUCAUUUCUCUGGUCUUUUAUUGUCUGUGUGUAUCUAAGCACAGUUUUAAAAUGGUUCUGCGCCUCAAGGUGCUGAACUUGGGUUUGCUUGCUUUAACCUACAAUGGAAAAGGCUGCUGUGGUUUGGUGCAUUACUUUUAACGUCAUUUUUGUUUAAACAGAAUUCGGAGCCCCUGGUAUUUUGGUUCUUUGCUUUUUUUUUCAGAUGAACUUAAGUUUUUGGAGAUAUGCUCCAGGUGACAAGUACAGGCUUAUCCUUUCACUGAUAGGCUUCUGAGCCUCACUUACCUUGCUAUUCAUUUAUGAAGUGGAGGGUAGUUAUGAAGCAUCUUGAUAAAAUAUUCUAUUUUCUCCUGGGAUCUGUACUAAUUUUUAUUUAGCUUCCAAGAACCAAUUAGAUACAGAUAGCCUUAAACACUUGAUGAAGAACCUGCCAACACUGCAUAAUUCCUGUGCAGUUCUGUGUCGGUGGGCUCAAUUUUGAGAGUCCUUGUUCUCAUUGUCGAAAGAGAAUUCUAGGAGCUUUGCAGUGAUAUUUAGUUGGCUGUCAAUAACUUGCCCAUGCAUGUCUAUUUUGUGUAGAGCAUCUCUUUGUAUUGACCCGAAGUGAAAAAUAUAGUAAACAUAAUUUUUUGAAUUGGUUGCUUAAGCAGAGCAUGAGUGAGACAUCUGUCUUAUGGGAAAUUUAUACUGAGGGGAACUAGAUAACAAAGGUUUUCCUAUAUUUAUGGGCACAAGGUAUAUCACUAUCUUCUAUUUGGUUCAUUUUAGUGGGUAUAUGUGUUUGUUUUAUCUAUAUGUUAAUUUUGCUGGUCUCCCUAAUAAGAAUGAGGUCCAAAGUUGGUGGAAAUGCUCACCAAGAAAAGCAUCUCUUGCAAGGGUGCAGAUUCUAAGAGGUGUUAUUGCCACGAAGCUUCAGUUAGUGAGAAGGCUAUAUCUUUGCAAGUGUUUUUGAUUGUUUGCUGACUGGUUAGAUUUACGAUUAAUUUAGGGUAUUACACAAAAAUCAUUUCCACUAGUAUGGUCAAUGACAUCAUUCCAAAUGAUGGGGAAUGUCAUCUGUGUUCAAAUAAUGCCAAAGAAUUAAGCUCUGCCUGGGUAUCUUGGACUGAAUUUAUGGAGAUAUUCAUUUACUGCAAUGUGCAGCUCUUGUGGAGUUUUGGAAUGGGCAAGUAGAUUCACUGAGAAUGCAAGAUACAAAUUUGUUAUAGUAGACAGAUUUCAUUCAGUGAUUUUUCCUGUAGAAUCUGGGCAAACAUGAGUCAUGCUCUGAGAGAUGUUGAGGCAUAAUUACAACACAUCUUGGCUUCUAAACAUGUGGUACACUCUAAUCCCAUUGAUGCUGAAUCAACAGUACACCCCACUCUUGGAAUAUAGAAAACAGGGUUGGAUUCCUUUCCAUGGUAUUGUGUCUGUCAUGUUUGUUAAAGGUGAGUUGCUGACGCCAGGGCCUGGUGACCAGAACGUUUGAGGACUGUAGGUCAGUCUGGAAUUGACCUCCAUCCCAGAAGUGGAUAGGGGAUACCUGGAAUCUGUGGGGAGACCAGUAUGCCAAACUUCUAGCCCUUUAUCACUGAAUAACCUACUAGCAUGUACCAUUUUGGCUUAACAUGUGACAGGUCAUUUAUUGCAACUUUUACAUCAGAUGGAAAAAUUUUAAAGAGAAAAAUAUAUUUUCCUUAUGGCUUAUUUUUCCUUCCAGAGGGAUUCCUCUGCUGCACGUGUGUGCAGGUAAUGAUGAGGCACCACAGCCUCUUCUCCUGCUCGAAUAAUUAAUUCAUUUUAUUGUGUGCACUGAAGCUCUGCUUAAAAAAAUUUCAUUUAAAGAUUUC